UGCUGUGUCUAAUUUAUUCUGCAAAUUAGCAAGAGAGAACUGAGAUGUCUCUCUCACUUUUUGAUUGCUUGUCCAUUUACCAGCAUGCUAUCCCUCUCACUUGCAUGUCCCAUUUGAUAUAGAGUUCACUGUGCACUGGACAAAGGAAAAGGAAAAGGACUGUUAUGUUCAUGCUGCGAACCUUCAAGGAAGUUGCCCUUAUUUGUCUGCCACCACCAGUAGAUCGAUUCUUCUCCUCCUCUAUCCUACAAUUGCUUCGUGUGGUUCCCUGACAUCUCCAUAUAUCAUGUAAACUCUGUACCAUUUGAAGGUGUAUGUGGUGGUGAUGGAAAUGAAAUUUCGGCAAAAGCAUGGAGUGCUUUCUGCUACCGUAGAGCUCUAACUCUCAGCCGCAGUGGGAUGGAGAUGAAGUCGAUAUAGAAUCAGGUAGCUGUUGUUCCUUUGUUGUCUGUGUUCGCCAUCCAUGGCUGGGAUGCUCCCGGGAGUGGAAUUUGCCCGGAGAAGGCGACUCCACCACGGCGGCUCAACGGAUUCAUCCACCGGUACGAGGAGAUCAUCUUAUUGUUUACAUACAAUAGGAUGUGAAGCACAUCUUUCCGCUACUGGCUCCAUGCAAAGAACCAUUUUGAACAAAGAAGUCCACGAAGGAGCACUUGGAUCGAUGGCUCGGGAGGCCAAGGAGAGACUGGAUGCAAGACUAAAGAUCAAGAGGUAUCGUGGCUUGGAAAGCAACAGCGAGUGCGGUAGCGAGCAAGUGAUCCCAGGGAGUGUGCAGGGAGAGGUGUUCUCGUCCAAGAGCACCAGAAAGUUCAGCUGGAGUAAGAAGCUGGGGUGGACGGCAUCCGAGCAAGCGGAAUGUGCAAUCUGUUUGGAGGAGUUCAAGAGGGGAGACGUGCUGCUUCGCUUGCCUUGUGCUCACAGGUUUCACUGUGACUGUGUGGUGCCAUGGCUGCGGAGUAACUCCCACUGUCCAUGUUGCAGAACAACGAUCUUUCCUUAAAGUUGUCGGUAGUGUAGCUAUGGCGAUAAUUUACAGAGACUGCUUAGUGACGCUACUGGAAAUAA